AUGGCGACUCUGGCCGACAAGUUUGAAAAAAUAAAAUCGCCCAAGCUUCAGAACCAACACCAUACUGCCGUUGUUCUGAAUGCCGUGGAAGACACUCUUCGCGAUCAAAAGGCCGAUUUUUCAGCAACAGCAUACUUCGCCGCGCUGCUUGCCCUCCUCAGCCAGGCGCUCAACACCACGCAUGGGAUCGUCAACAAAGACCUGGCCACAUCAGUGGUAUACUUGCUCGACAUCACAGCGGAAUACGUGCCUGCGCCGCUGCUCCGCUCCAAAUUCUCCCAGAUCCUGUCCAGUCUCGUCCCCGCGCUCACCCUCCCCGAUGUCGAAGCGCCGCUGCUGCGCCCCUCAAUCGGUAUCCUGGAGACGCUCCUGGUCGCCCAAGACGCCAAUUCCUGGGCUCUUCCGCAUACACAAAUCGGCCCGCGCCGAGCGACAGCUGGUCUGUUGAGUUUGGCCGUGGAUCAUCGUCCCAAGGUGCGCAAGCGAGCUCAAGAUGCCCUCGUCAAGGUGCUCAAAACCCCCCCGCCGAGCCCCUCACUCGACCACCCGGCGGCAGAUAUGUGUGCAGAGACAGCCAUGCAGACACUGGCCGACAGCGUGGCUGCUGCCGGGAAGAUCAAGAAGAGCAGACAUCAGCAUAAACAGGAGUCUCACCACGAGCCCGCCAUCAUACACUCUCUGCAUCUCGUGAAGACCGUCGCGGCUGCUUCGGGAGGGUGGCCAAGCAAGAAGAUCGAGGCGCUGUGCGAACUGCUCAUGAACGUGUCGCGAUCAAGCAAUGAGUUCAUCACGAUGGGCGCAUUCGAGGUUUUCGAGGUCAUCUUUGAAGGAAUGGCGGACGAGUUCUCUUCUUCCAAGCUUCCGCGUCUCUUGGAGGCCAUUCAAGAAUUGAGACCAGCCCAAAACGACUCUCAACUCCUGCCACCUUGGAUCGCUGUUCUCUCGCGCGGAUACGAUGUUUCCGCCCAGAUCAACCCGGAGGACACAUUCGAGAAGCUACCGAGUCUGUUUGAGCUGAUUGCUUCUUUUCUAGCUUCGCCAUCAAAGAACAUUCGCAUCUCUGCGUCUGAAUGUCUCAUUUCAUUCCUCGCCAACUGCGUGCCUGAUCAUGUCAUUGUAGAGCCGUCUGUGUAUGACGAGAAGACCCUGGAAAAGCUUGCCAAAUUCGCCAUGGAUCUCCUUUCUGUCAAGUACCAGGCCGCUUGGGUUGAGGUGUUCAACGUCUGUGCCACAAUGUUUGAAGCCUUCAAAUGGCGAUCAUCGCCAUACCUUAUAAACAUCGUCAAGACGAUUGGCGAGCUACGCAGCAACGACUCCUUCCAGGGCAAAAAGGAAGCCGAUGAAGUCCUCGGCCGAGCCGUCUACGCCAUGGGCCCUGCUGAAGUUCUUCGCAUUCUUCCGCUCAACAUCGUCGAGCAAAAGCCCGGCCAACCUGGUCGCGUGUGGCUACUACCCAUUCUCCGCGAUAAUGUCUCCAACACAGAUCUUGCCCAUUUCCGCUCGGAGAUGGUCCCCUUGAGCGAGGCCCUGUAUCAGCGCGUUAUGGAGUUUGGACAGGCAGAGAAGACCGUGGAAGUAAAGAUUUUCGAAACCAUCAUCCAACAAACCUGGUCCAUUCUUCCGGGAUACUGCGAGCUGCCGCUUGAUCUGGAGUCGGCGUUUGAUCAGGGCUUUGCGGAAUUGUUGUCCAACGUGCUAUACAAGCAGACGGAGCUGCGUGUCGAUGUCUGCCGCGCGCUACAGAAUCUUGUCGAGUCCAAUCAAGCCAUAGUCGAGGUUGAGACGGGUGCUGAGGGGGAAAACAUGGUCCUUCAACGCCGGAUUACCAAAGCUGCUGCUUCGAAGAACCUGGCGCAUCUAGCUGGGUUUGCAAGCAACCUGCUGGCUGUGCUGUUCAAUGUGUACAGUCAGACACUGCCUCAUUAUAGAGGAUACAUCUUGCAGUGUAUCAAUGCGUAUCUGAGCAUUACCCCUGAGAAAGAACUUGAAGAAACAUUCACUCGAGUCACUGGCAUGCUCGAAUCCGAGCUGCCAUCCGAAGAAGCGGCCGCCAAACAGGGCAAUCUGCAAAAGGGAACAGACAACAAGAUGCCACCGACGUCGCACACGCUGAUUGACCUGCUGAUUGCCAUGUCCAUCUAUCUACCAAGGACGAGCUUCGCAAACCUCUUCCGCAUCGCGUCGGUGGUACUGAACAGAGACGCCUCAUCAGACUCGCAACUCACCAAGAAAGCAUACAAGCUCAUCCCCCGUCUUGCAUCGACGGAGACAGGACAGGCUGCUUUGAUUGAACGCAGUGCAGAACUACAAGCUUUGCUGCUCGCAACAGCCGACAAGACGCCAACGCCGGCUCGCCGUGACCGACUCCUUGCUAUCCACGAGCUGGUGACUUUCCUCCCCACGUCUGACCUGCAUUUUAUCCCUUCCAUCUUACCCGAAGUCAUUCUCGGAUGCAAAGAAUCCAACGACAAAGCCCGCACAGCCGCUUUCGACCUUCUCAUCCACCUUGCCAAACGCAUCACAGACACCGAGCGCACUCCACCAGGAACAGUGAUCCGGAACUCGCUCGUCCCACACAUGCCCGACGACACACCCGACGCCGCAGCCACUCUCGAAGAAUUCUUCACAAUGGUCUCCGCGGGUCUAGCAGGAACCUCGCCACACAUGGUCGCCGCAUCAGUGACCGCCUUAUCGCGCCUCUUUUUUGAAUUCCGCACCCAAAUCACCAGCGAAACCCUAUCCGACCUCGUGGCAACCGUCGAGCUCUUCCUGACCAGCAACAACCGCGAAAUCGUCCGCUCAGUGCUCGGAUUCGCCAAGGUCGCCGUCGUCUGCCUCCCCGACGAAAUGCUGCGCCCUCGCCUCAACUCCAUGGUUCCAAAUCUCAUGGUAUGGAGCAAAGAGCACAAGGGCCGUCUCCGCACAAAAGUCAAGGGCAUCCUUGACCGACUCGUCCGCCGCUUCGGCGGCCCUCUUAUCGAAGGCCUAGUCGGCGAAGCAGAUCGCAAACUAGUCGUCAAUAUCCGGAAAGAGCGCGAACGUAAGAAGCGCAAGAAGAAGGAAGCCGGCGAUGGAGGUGCAGACCAAGACGGAGACGACGAUGAUGCUGCCAAAGCGGGCGGCGCAUUCUCGAACGAAUUCGACAAAGCAGUCUACGGCUCAGAUAUAUCGUCCGACGACGAAUCCGACGACGACGAGGACGACGACGAUGAUGAUGCCAGCGCAAUCAACGCCACCGAAACGAAAGGCAAGAAAACCAAAGGAAGACAAGGCGGCAAACGAGGCGCCAACGGCGAACAAUACAUCCGCGAACUUUCGCCUGAAUCCAACCCCCUCGAUCUCCUGGCUCCCGACGCGCUGGCCUCUAUAUCCACCACGAAACCAUCUCUUCGCUUCCUGGACGCCGGCGUAGGCAAAAACAGGAAGAAGCACGGCGCCAAAGUCGAUAUUGAUGGCAAACUCAUCCUCCGGGGAGACGACAACGACAACGACGAUGCCGUUAAUCCAAACGCUGACAUCCAAAUGACAGGCGCCAGCGGCGAAAGCGGAAUCAAUGCCUACCUCGAAGCAGUCAGUGGGCCCAACGCGGUCCGCCGCGGACAAAAGGGGCGUCUCAAGUUCAGCAAUAACAAGUCUGCUGGCGCGGAUGGAAUGGACAUUGAUGAUGAUGACGACGAUGAUGACGACAAUAAUAAUGCCCGGAACAAAAAGCAACGGAGUGGCAGUGGUAGCGGCAGCGGCAGCGGUGGAAUUGCAGCUGGAAGGAGGGGAUUGGGCAUGCCCAAAACUCACGGCGCAACGAGGAUUGAGAAGAGGAGGAGUGGGAGUGGAUUUGUAGCGAAGACGAGAGGCGGAGGAGGUCGAGGACGUGGGCGACGAUGA